AUGGUCGCAAAUGACAGCACCCAUACCUCUGGAGAGGGCCAGAGACAGGACCAAAAUGACUGCACCGCAGCUCAACACCGAGGCUGGAGGCCCUCAUCAUUGCAAGCUCCCUUCCUCUGCUCGCUGGCUGUGUCUUUCCUCCUCCUGUCCAUUGCACUUGAACACCUUCGCCAAUAUGCGGACCGCAAUCAGGGCCUCAUCAUCUUCAAAGCGACUGCUGAACUGCCGAAGAGCGUCUCGGUGGCUUAUAUCUACGUACCGACGGCUGUGGCAGUGCUGGCUGUGACGCUGUGGAACUUUAGCGCCUCCGACGUUGUGCGACUAGAGCCAUAUUUCCAGGUAGCCAAACCUGAAGGCGUUGCUGCAGCAGUGCUCUUCACCAGCUACAGCUUCUACUACGGCCUCAUGGCCCCCCUGAUGGCGGCUCGCAAUCGUCACUGGCUUGUAUUCUUCACCUCUGGUCUGUCGAUCCUCCUGCGGAUCUUUCUUCCCUCUCUUCUCUCCGGCCUGUUGGUUCUAACCGAAGUGACCACCACCGAGUCGAAAUCGGUUCGGACCUGGCCUGAUCUGCUUGACGUGGAUACCCAGAAAGCCUGGUUAUCCAGCGAGACCUUUGGACCUCACGCAAAUGCCUCCCUGAAGAUGACUAUGGACGAUGUUUUCCUACUCCGUUCGUCUGACUAUGCCACGGCCGCUGUGUCAAUGCCCCUCGAUGAGAACGAGACGUCAAUGCUGUCGCUCAAUCAAACCGUGUAUUGGGCCGAGCUCGCCUGCCAGGUGGUGAACCGCACGGACCUUGAACCCCCAGAUCGUGGCGUCUCCUGGAACAUAAGCGGGAUGGAGUUCCCGUCGCUGGGCGACGGCAAUGCAGCAUCCACCUGCUACGUUGACGUUUCCCUCGGCAACAUCACCGCAGACCGGGGUGCUUCUUCUCAGGUGCGGUACUGGGAGCCUGUCCAUUCGGAAACUCGACUUCACGCCCCGUCCGCUUUUCGUACCCGCGGUUGCCAAUCAAUCGCCCUGUUUGGAAUCCUCCUCGAUCUAGAUAUGGAUGUGCACGGCAUGUCUACCUCUGUGACCUCCAAUGCCACUGCAUUUGCAUGCACCGCUACUUACAUGUCUGCUGAGGCCGAGGUCUUUAUCAGCAUUAACGGCUCUAUAACCGAAGCGAAGGUUCACCCCUCCACUGAGCGCAGUCUGACAAGCACGGACUUUGCCCAUGAAGAGUUUCAGGACCUUGUCUUUUCUGAAUAUCACUCGACCCCCCUUGCAAAGCUUCGGACCCCAAAUGCCGUAGCGGUAGAUGGGAUUGAUUCGGGGCCAGUAGCUUCGAACUCUACAGCCCGUAUCGACGUCGCCCAAUACCAGGAUGCGAUCGUUCAGUUUUGGAAACAGAAAUUCAUCACCACAAUGAGCAAAUUUUUCAACCCAACUGUAACCCCGACAAAGGUGGAUGCAAGGCAGGUUACAACCGUUGUGGCUCUCGACGUCAUCUCCAGGUCUGCUAUCAUGGCCGAGGCUAUCCUACUUGCCUCAGUUGCGCUGCUGUUGUUUCUCGCAGCCCUCUAUCCGCGGCGUAUGAACUUCCUUCGAAGUGACCCAGGGUCGAUAGCCGCACAAUGCGGGAUUAUUGCAGACCUCUUCCCGCCUGAUACGGUGCUCGCUCGGUCUGAAGCGCAGUUUCAUAGCGCCACGACAAGGCAGCUUCGCCUGUGGUCCAAGGGUUUCCGGUGCGAGUGGACGGGCGGGUCGUCCCAGAGAAAGAUCAAUGUCGUUCCCUUGAAUCGACCUCUCGGUCCAGAAUGUUUGGCCCUCCCAUCAACCCGAAGAGGACGAGACCCCAGGCCGCAUUUCUUGGUCCCGCUCUGGUUCCUGGUUGAGUGCGUGUUGCUCAUUGGAACCUUGGUAACCUUUGGCUUCGCGCUCAGCUCUCUUCGAUUGGAUGAUAUCACCGACAACUUCUCGCCAAAAGAGAUCGGGCUCACCAUUUUCUUGAUCUUUGCUCCAACGUUCGUUUCCUCUGUGAUCAGCUCGCUGCUCGCAUCCAUCCUCCGCCACCUCAGCGUAUUGGAACCAUGGGUGCGCCUGCAAAGGGGCAUGGCCUCUGCAGCGGACUCACUAGCACUGAACUAUGGCUCGCAGACUCCAAUCGCCGUGCUGCAAAUGAGCGGUCGCAGUACACCUCUGCUUCUGACUAUUCUCUCUGUUACCUGUAUCCUGAACCUAUUGCUAAACAUUGUGAGCGCUGGGGUUUUCGAACCCCGGCUGAAGCAGUACAAGACGUCAGCCUCCGGACUUCUCUCUGCCCAGUAUAAUGAUACCGUCUUCCACGCGCCAUCCUUUGAGGCGGAAUUUGACGGUUACGGGUUGAUCUUAAGCAGCCUGACCACUGGCGCUCCCCUACUGCCUUGGACCACCCCGGAGUAUUCCUUCCUCCCGCUUACAGUCAAUGAGUCGGACUACGAUUCGGGCGGAGGCGCCAGCUAUAGCGCCAUCACGCUAGGCGUCGGGGCCAAUCUGGAAUGUCACCAUAUUCCGAUCAACAAUUCAUGGACUGACAGCGAGACUGGUAAGGUGCUUUGGAAUCAUACAACCCCCUCAGGCGACAACUGCACGGCAGAAGCCGACGACAGGGACGCGGAUGGUGGUCUGAUCCGGAGAUCCAUUGCAUAUCUUCUACCUACUUGGGACUCUCCGGCCUCUCCCUGCCGGACAUCAAUCUUCAUCCUGGCCAGGUGGGCAACAAGGUAUCCCGCCCCCACGAACAGCCAGAACUCGCUUGCCCUGUACUGCAUGCCGUCCAUCCAGAUCAAUGAAUUUGAAGUCCUGUUUGAUGACCAGGGAACAAUCGCUUCUUACAAGCACGCAGCUGCUACGACUGACCCACGCGGGCAAAUACUGCGCAAUGCGUCGGAAAGCUUGGGGUAUCUCAACCGGGCAUUAGCCAGCGUCGGACAGAAAUUCCCUGCACACCGCGACUCGUCCUUCUACCGGUAUGACUGGCCAGGGCUCCUGACGGCUUUUGCAUACGAGCCAUUGGACCCAAGCUUGGACUCCUUCCAGCCGGAGCUCCUCAUCCGUGCCGUCCAGUCCACCUACAGGGCAAUCUUCAGUAGCUACCUCACACUCGCCCGGGAUAUAUACUUCGACCGUUACCGGUCCCCUGCUACCCCCGCGGUGGAUGGAACCAUCAUCGCGAAGUUCUGGGACAUGUCGCCCUCAACCCCCUCGAUGGUCAUCAUCAUCAUCCUCCUGUCCAUUGAUGUCUCGGUGUUGGUCCUCGUAUUCGCCCUUCGUCAUAAGAGUUUCAAUGGGCCCCGUAUUCCAAAAUCGGUUGGGUCACUGAUUCCGUGGGUCGCACUGAGCAGGAUUGCGCCUGACUUCCGGGGAACGUCGCGGAUGACGGACAGCGAGCAGCGGGAUUAUCUUGUGCGAAAGAGACACAAAUACACUUUUGGUCAGUCUUUAUGCCCGGAUGGCGAAAAAAGGUGGCUGCUUGAUUACGACAGUCGCUAUUUGAAGGAAGAGGGCCAUGAGCUGGACGAGAUACGUGGGACGGUGAGAUAA